UACUUAACCACAGAAGUGGCAUAAUGCCUUAUUGUGGGGAUAGAAUGUGUCCCAUUGUGUGUGGACCACAAACGGGACUUGAGGGGAUGCGGGCAGUCUUCUGGGACUGAAGUUGGUAACAGCUGUUUUAAGAUGGUCUUUACAUUAGUGGAACUAGUACUUAGGGGUGCGUCUGGUGUUGAGGUUUGUUUUUGUUUUUGCUUACUUUUUUUGCUAUGCAUGCCUGAUGUACUUUUCAAUUUGUAAAUUAUUCAUGCGUCACGUGAGCCGGGGCCUUGCAUGUGAGAGCAGCAAUGUGUGCGGGCGUGCCUGUGUGAGAAGAAGUGCCGUUGUGUCACUCCGUGUGUUUGUUCAGCUCCUGGCCUGCUUGUCUUCUCCCUUGUUUUUCCACCGGCCUUCAGGAAGCAGCCUCUGGCAGUAGCGAUGGGUUUUCUGGCAGAAGCGGUCCUGAGUUCCUAAAGCAAGACAAUAGGAGGCUUCCCUGGGGGCUGGGGGGUGUUCUGGAACCUGCUUCCCCUCAGGAAACUGCAGAUUUAUCCCAGCAGCUCAGUGAGGGACACCGCGAGAGGGAUGUUGUGAGAAGCUGUACUGAACUGUCAGAGCACUGGACAGGAGAGGAGAGGAGCCCAGCGAGAACCAGCUACCACUGCGCAGACAUCUUUAUGGUUCCACGAGUAGGGAGCUUACUGCCUCAGGGAUUCUGAUUGAAGUUCAUGGUCGUAUAAGAUGACUCAGUCAGUCCAGGUUAAUCAGAAACUACCUGAUCUUGGUGCCCCAUUCCUGUACAGCACACAGGAGGAGGCGGAUCAGGGAAACUCGUAUUCUGUCCAAACUCCGUAUGGCUUCCAGUUGGACCUGGACUUCCUUAAGUAUGUGGAGGAGAUUGAGAGUGGCCAUAACUUCCGUCGGGCGCCCAUCAACCCCCGACGGGGAGCACGGGCCACCAAACUCGCCCAGCGGAGUCCAGGAGGAGGGGGGCGCACCAGUGGCUGGACAUCUACGGAAUCCCUCUCCUCUUCUGCCAGUGAGGACGGUCGGGCGCCCCCCCUGCCCCCACCACGGAACCGCACCUCCUCAGCGCCCUCAGAAUCGCACCCUCUCUCGCCAGUGCCUAUUCUCAGCCCUCCGCUCUCUGCCGGGCUGAAGGUGCCGCCGCCGCCGCCAGUGCGUAACCCCAGAGUGGAGAGGACCCUGCUGGAGACCAGCCGCCGGCUGCAGCAGGAGCAGACGCAGCUGCAGCACAGCUCGCCCUUCCCACUUUCCGACCCUCCCAAAGGAGGUCCCAGAGAAGCAGGAAAGGCUGCCAGCGUGUCUGUCCCUUCCCAACUCUCUCCUGCCAGCUCUUUGACCCAGGAUGUCCACCUGUUACACCCAUCAUCGGCCUCCCCCAGCUGGAUCAGAGCCAGUCCUCACAACUCUGGCAGGAGCACCCCGGCAUCUGGUAGCGCCUCCACCGCUGGGCUGGCCCCUGUCCCGCCAGGGCAGCUCCAGACUGUGCGAGAACAGAUGGCGGCAGCUCUGAAGCAGCUCAAAGACAUGGAGGAACGGGUGAAGGGGGUUCCCGCUUUAGAGAGGGAGGUGGCCAAGCUGCGUGCAGAGAAGGACAGACUGCUUCUGGAACUGCGAGAGAGGACCGCAGCUGGGGGGACAGAGGUCAGGCAGCGGUCCCCCACCACAGCAAGUAAUCCUGCAGGAGGAGAGGUGGUGGUAGAUGGCCAAGGACCCUCUUCUCCAUCCCCUAGCCAUGGAAGACCCAGCAAGCUGGUGGAGCUGAGAAGACUGACAGAGAAGCUGGGAGGCAAGGACGAGAGAGAAGGGGAGCAACCAGAGAAAGUUGCAGCAGUGCAAAAAGUGGUGAUGGAGAGAAAGUCUGUGGCUGUGGGGGAUGACCGGUCCCUUGAGGAAGCUGUGUUCUACUAUCGUCAGAUCAUGAAGGAGGCAGCUGUGGGCACGUCCGUGGACGUUUGCGACAAGGGUGUCUGCACAGAUGCGGUAGCUACGUCUGAAGUGGGAGUGGAGGCCGGAGUGGAGACUAAAGAAGCUGCUGUGUGGGUCAUGGAGUCUUUGCUUGGAUUGACGACUGAGGCAGAGAGGGAGAUCGACACCCUGCAGGACACCAUCAGGUUCCAGCAGGAGACGAUACAGGUUCUCGAGAGCCGACUCAGCCAGGUUGAUCAAGAGGUGGAAGAGCUGCGAGCUCAGGAGGAGCAGAGGAAAUCCAGGGUUAUGGUGGAGAAGGGAGUUCUUGUCAAACCAGUGACGGCCACUGCUCAAGUGGAAACUGAUGAUUCUGCUGUCAGCACCCCAGCGGGUGGGAGUCUAGGGAAAUGUGAAAAUACACAAAGUGUUGCAGUGGGGUGCUGCCCAGAGGUAAGAGAUGCAGGUGUUGGCCAGAACUUUACACCUGUCAUGAGUGACCAGUAUACCCAGACCAACCCUGAGAAGAGCACCAGGAAAACAGCCCCAGCAGCAAUGACUAGCACAGGGAGCCAGUGGGAGAAUCCAUAUGAAGAGAGAGCAGCAGAGAAGGCAGCAGAGCAGAAGCCCCCUAUCCCUGCACUGAAGAGGAGGCAGAUGACCAUUGCAGAAUACUCUGUGGCUCCAGGUGCAGGGGUGGAUAGUGUGACUAAGGGAAAGGAAGGAUGUAAAGAGGAAACCGUGCCCUGCAGUCCAGCUGUUGGCAUGUUGAAGUCCAUCAUGAAGAGGAAGGAUGGGAGUAGCCCCUGUGAACCUCGCAGUGGCAGCAAGAAGAGCCUGCAGUUUGUAGGGAUCCUUAAUGGAGGGUAUGAGUCGACCUCCAGCGAGGAAGAGGAUGAAGAAGAAGAUGGCAGCUCCUCAGAGGGCAGCGGGGCGGGGGGUUGCUCUGACAGCAGCGAGGGAGAAGAGGAACUCCAGGAAGACACUUCUGACGAUGAGAGGAACGUCAAUCUGGAAGACAGUGAUAGCGAUCUGGAGGAACCAGCAGAAGCUGAAAAUGAAGAUGCUGAGGAGCAAUUGGACACGGUGAAGGAAAAGUUUGAGCUGAGUAUGAAAAUGCGUGAGGCCUGUCUCAUACUGAAGAACCACCUCAAUGAUGAUGCCAGUGCCCUGAAGAGUAAGGAAGUGCUCUCCAGCACUCACACUGUGCAGCUGGAGUGGUUCCGUGUGUCCAGCGCAAAGACAGCCCAGCCCUCUCGUGUAUCGGAUUACCUGAUGGCUUUCUCUGAGGUGUCUCCUGCUCUCCUGGAACAUGUAGUCAACAUGACUGACGGCAAUGGCAACACUGCCCUACACUACAGCGUCUCACACUCCAACUUCACUGUGGUUGGGCUACUGCUGGACACUGGUCUUUGUUGUGUGGAUCAGCAGAACAAGGCUGGAUACACAGCUAUAAUGCUGGCUGCACUGGCCACAGUAAAGGAGGAAGAGGACAUGAAGGUGGUUAAGAAGCUUUUCAGUCUGGGCAAUGUCAAUGCCAAAGCCAGCCAGGCAGGGCAGACGGCAUUGAUGCUGGCAGUGAGUCAUGGGAAGCAGGAGAUGGUGCGCGCAUUGCUGGACUGUGGUGCUAAUGUCAACGUGCAGGAUGAUGAGGGCUCCACAGCGCUCAUGUGUGCCAGUGAGCACGGCCGCACUGAGAUUGUCUCCCUGCUCCUUGAGCAGCCAGGUUGUGACAUCUCCAUCGUGGACAAUGAUGGUAGUAAUGCUCUUUCUAUUGCCCUGGAGGCCUCCCAUAAUGACAUCGCUGUGCUGCUCUACGCCCACAUGAACUACUCCAAGACUCAAACAGCUGUGACACCUAAGGCACUCCCAAGAAGUCCCUCCAGCCCUCAAAAGGCAUGGCCAGCAGAGUGAUGAUGAUCUCUGAAUGGAGGAACAAAUAUAACUGGAUACAAGCUGAAGGAACGUGGAACUAGCUCUACUGGAAAUCUCACAUUUUCUAUACCAAAUAUGUAUUUAUAUGAUUGAACAUGUAUUUCAUAUAGUCAGACACAAAGAUAUGAUUUGUCAUUGAUACAUUAUAUUUGUAUUAUAACAUACUGUACUAAUCUCUUUUACUCAUCUAACCCCAAAUUUAUCUCAGCUGAAAUCUGGAAAGGCUGUAUGGAAAGAUCCAUAUGUUCACACAUGUACACAUGUUCAAAUCAGCAGUUUUUAUUAUAUACAUUUCAUUUUUGAAAGAUCUGGUUUGGUUCUUCCAGGCUUAUUAUUCCAUUGACAUUAUAGGACAGUGUACAGGUGAACAAACUGUUUGUGUACACUUAUUGGUAAUGACUAAGGGCUUGUUCUGUUUCCAAGAAAUAUUUUGUUUCCAAAAUGCUUAAUGCCAAAAAUCUUAAAUGUAAUU